AUGGUGGACGAAAAAGUUCGGUAUGAGGAGUUGCCCAUUCCGACAUACGAAGAAGCCACCGCAUCACAGUCCGGAUCCUCGCAUCUGGGACCCGAACACUCAAGCGAUGACCUAGAGAGGCAGGGCCUUCUACAAAAUGAAGAAUCCAAUGAUAGUCUGCCCAACCGGUCGCGUACAACCCGUAAUGGAGGCUAUCAACCACCGACUGUGGAGUCUGCCCGCUCUAGUAUCGACUACCUCGCCUCUUCAGCUUCAGGUUCCGCCCGCCAGUCGGAAGAGGAUCUACGACGCGAGAUACACCAGAUGGACGUGGAUGAUUCCGGCUCAUCAUCUCGAACUCGUCGCCCUCUAUUCAGUCGCCGAUUCUCGAAACACUUCGCGAACCCUUUUUCCAACUUGACCAAAACCUUGUCAUCGAUACAGCUACCUUUUCGAAAUGCCUUUCCCCACUUUCAAUUUCCCUGGCGAUUUUGGCGAGUGCGGAUUAAUGAAGACGGAUUUGCUUGCAUGCUGUUUCUCCGGCUCUUUGGUCUUUUCAUUCUCGUCUUUCUCAUCUACCUCGUAUUUGUUUCCGAUAUCUUCGCCGUCGGCAGUCGAUUCAACAUGGGACAAUCAUAUACAGCAGCAUCUGUCGAGAGUUUUGUUCAAAGUCACAUCAACGAAACCAAUAUUGCCAACAAUCUCCAGAAAGCGACUCAGUUUGCACAUAUAGCAGGAACAGAGGGCAGUUAUGUGCUUGCGGAAUGGAUUGAACAAGAGUUCAUAAAUGCAGGAUUGGAAGAUGUUGAGAUGGAAGAAUUUCAAGUAUACCUGAACUAUCCACGGCCUGACGGUCGCCGUGUUGCCAUUGUCGACCCGCCGGAGUUAGCAUGGCAAGCUGCGAUUGACGAGCCGCAAAUUUAUAAUGAUCCGAGGCGACAACAGACACUUGUCUUCCAUGGCCAUUCCAAGUCAGGAAACGUGACUGGUCCAUUGGUUUACGCCAAUUACGGAUCUCAGGACGAUUUUAAACGACUUGCAGAUAGCGGCAUCUCUGUCGAGGGUGCCAUUGUAUUAGUUCGAUACUACGGUACUCAGGGUGACCGUGCACUUAAAAUCAAGGCGGCGGAACUUGCAGGCGCAGCCGGAUGUAUCAUAUAUUCUGACCCAGCAGAAGAUGGAUUUAUCAAGGGACCAGCCUACCCUGAUGGUCGCUAUAUGCCAAGUCUCGGCGUUCAACGCGGAGGCGUGAGCUUGAUGUCGUGGGUUGUUGGAGAUGUCCUAUCUCCGGGAUUCGCAUCGACACCCAAUGAGAAGAACAGAUUAUCGCCAGAAGAUAGUCCGGGUUUGGUUCUCAAGGGCCAUGGGUCGAAAGUACCAGCAGACUGGGUGGGCGGAGUACCCGACAUCUCUGAGUGGUGGACCGGUGAUUUAUCUUCACCAAAGGUCAACUUGAUGAAUCUGCAGGAUGAGGUCGAACGUCAGCCGAUUUACAAUGUUCUAGGUCGCAUCACGGGGUUGGAGCAACCAGAAAGGAAGAUUAUCGUUGGCAAUCACCGAGAUUCUUGGUGCUUUGGUGGAGUCGACCCCGGUAGCGGCACAGCUACUUUCCUUGAGAUUGUUCGCGUUUUCGGAGAGAUGAGAAGCGUUGGAUGGCGGCCUCUUCGAACUAUUGAAUUUGCGAGCUGGGAUGGCGAAGAAUAUAACCUCAUUGGUUCUACAGAGCAUGUCGAGAAGGAAAUCGACAGACUUCGAGCUAAUGGUUUUGCAUACCUCAAUGUCGAUGUCGGCGUUAGUGGUAAUUCAUUUGAAGCCGCCGGGUCACCAGUUUUUCAGCGACUCCUUAACACCGCGAUGGGCCGGGUUGGGGAUGAGGCAGCUAAUAAAACACUCAAAGAGAUUUGGGAUGAACAAGGAAAGCGACUAGAAGGGCUAGGCGCUGGUAGUGACUACGUGGCUUUUCAAGAUAUAGCCGGUACUUCCAGUCUCGAUUUUGGGUUUGGCGGAGCGCCUUUUCCUUACCACAGCUGUUACGAGAACUACGAGUGGAUGGCUAAAUUUGGAGAUCCGGAUUUCCGAUAUCAUAGAAUGUUGGGCGAACUGUGGGGAUUGUUGCUCUUGGAGCUUGCAGAUAGCCCUAUUCUUCCUUUUGACCUGGAAGCAUACUCUGCUGAUUUCAGGGGCUACAUCGAUAACCUCCAAGAGUACGCGGCAUCCAAAGGUGUCCCGCUAAAGACUGCGUCAGACACGUCACAGGCGAGGACCGAGACCGUCGAUCUCAAAUCUUUAUAUGAUGCGGCGGAAGUUUUCAAGACGAAUGCUGCCGAUUUCCAGGCAUGGGAGCAAGUCUGGUAUAGCGCCGUAUACGGAUCGGGCGGAUUCGAGAGUAACAUUAUGGGUGCCCGGCGUAUCGAACACAACAACCGUUUAGCUAAAUUUGAGACCAACCUAUUAGACUUGUCUCAAGGUGGUGGUGUGCCCAAUCGAACCCAAUUCAAGCACGUCCUGUUUGCACCCCAGACUUGGUCCGGAUACGACGAAGCCUUCUUCCCAGCUAUCCGCGAUGCUAUCGACGCCGGAGACUGGAAUGCGACUCAACUCUGGGUCAAUCGUGUUGCAGACAUUGUUACGCAAGCGAGUGUAAAUCUGAACGUAUAA